AAUAAGUGGGAGGAGCGCGUCCGCCCACAAAAGCCACAGCUAUCUCCCCGUAUCUUCCCCUUAAAAAAAAUCAAUUGUGCACGAAAAAAGGGGAAUAGGCGUAAAAUACAAACACUGGUGACGGUUUGUUUUCGGUGCACGAAGGACGGCGACGAGGCGUCCCCGCGUCGUGCGGCGAGAGAAACAGCGGCGACAGGCAGGAGCAGCGAAGAGGGUGUUGUCCUGAUGCUUAAAUGGAAGUGGGUGGGCCUCUACGGUCACACACUGACAACUUCUCUCUGGAUAUUAUUCUGACAAGCGCCAAUUUGCUCGUUUAUGGACUGGCUAUCCGGUGAAAGAGACAUACGACGGGGCUGCGAGGGGGCCGACGGGCCGGUGACGUUCAACGUGUUCUCCGUUAUCUCCGUUAUUCGGCGCAGCUUGAUUGUGCCUGCGCUUGGCACCGCCCUUCCUGGCCAGUGGGUGGUUUCGUCAAACGGGCAGAUCCGCCGCGGCCCAGUGCCGAACAUAUAGGCCGUCCCUCCGCCUCUAUACCCGGCCGGCCUUCUCCUCUCCCUCUCGGUAUAUUAAUGCGUUAUGAGUGACUCUAGGAAGGAAUCAUCUGGAACUGAAGGGGGGAAAGCAUCUAAGAAGGGGAAAAGUUCUGGAUUGCAGGAUUCCUCGCAGCCCUCUCCGUUGGCUCUGCUAGCAGCCACCUGCAGUAAGAUCGGAGGGCAGGGGGGAACCGAGGGGGCCCAGGCUCAGGUGGGGGCCCAGCAGUUCCAGGUGCAGGCUGGUCAGAUCCAGCUGCAGCAAGGUCAGCUCCAGGGUCAGAUAGUGUUGGACACAGGUGGAGGUCAGACCCUGGUGCCCCAGCAGCUGGAACUGGUCCCAGCUCAGUUCACGGGGAACGGCUGGCAGAUUAUUACAGCAGCACCUACUAUGGCCAAAGAGAACCCCAAUCAGCCUGUUGCUGUGACAGUGGCCACCACCAUGGCUAAUGACAGCUCACCAGGUGGACGCAAGGUGAAGCCAUUGGGUGGGAUCAACAGUAUUGCAGCCAAUCAGCAGCAGUUCCAGAUCAUCCAGGUUCAGAACCUGCCCAAUGCUGGGGGCGGGGUCCAGUAUCAGGUCAUCCCUCACCUGCAGACUGCAGACGGGCAGCAGAUCCACAUCAGCCCAGCUCAGACAGCCUCCAUCGGGACUGUACAGGAGCAGGUCCAGCUCAUCCAGACCCAGAGCUCUGGCCAGACCCAGGCUAUCCUCCAGCAAGCCAACCAGCAAGCCAUCCUGACAAGUACAGCCAAUCAGACGGUCCCACUGCAGAUCCGCCAUGCACAGUCGUUCCCACUGCAGCUGCAGACUCUGCAGGGCUCCCAGACUCCUGUUAUGACCACAGUACCCAUAAACAUUGGUGGCAUGACCCUGGCUUUGCCAGUGAUAAAUAAUGUUGGAGGCGGCGGGGCCGUCCAGCUUAUCCAAUCAGCAGAUGGCACAUUCUCUGUUGCCAACGGCAACCAGCUGAUGACAACAACAGUGUCUGGGGCAACAACUGGCUCGACGGCAGUAGCCGAAGGUGACAGCGUGUCCGAUGUGACGCAUGUGGUAUCUGUUGGAUCAGAGAGUGGACCAGCUGACACCCAAGUGCAGUGCAGCGAGGCCGACUCUCAAAGCCAGAACCAGGCCAAUGGGCUACAGAACCAGAUCGAUACAGCAGGAACCAUUCAGCAAGUGAUAGUGGGCCAAAUGGGGCACCAGUUUGUGCAACAGAUCCAGCUGCAGCCUCAGAGUCAGGGUCAGGUGCAACAGCAACCUCAGCACAUUCAGACCCUACAGCUGGCCCCAGGACAGACCCUGCAGCCCAUCCAGGCCUUUCAGAACUCAGCCCAGGUCCUCAUCCGUACACCAACCCUGUCCCCAUCUGGGCAAAUCACCUGGCAGACACUGCAGCUGCCCGGAGGAGUCUCCCUGCAGGGCGGCCUCGGGGCAGCCAUGCCACAGCAGCUGACGCUGGCUCCUGUGGCCGGUGGGACGACAAUGGGGAGUGGAGGUCUGGUCUCCCUGAGUGGCGCUCCCCUGACGCUGAGCACAGCCCAGAUCAACCCGGGGUCUGGGGUACAGACGGUCAGCAUCGCAGGGCUGGGCACUGCUGGUGUUCAGGUGCAGGGUGUUCCCCUCACUAUUACUGGUCUACAGGGUCAACCACAGGGUCAAGAUGGGGUCAAAGUUCAGUCGUCUCCAGUGACAGUAACUGUCGGCAACGUGGCUUCAGGCUCAUCGAUGAGUCCAGACCAGCUGGGCUCAGUACAAAGUUCUUCGGACCAGGAGGGACCGCCCAGCAAGAGGCUUCGUCGUGUCGCCUGCUCUUGUCCAAACUGCAGGGAUGGAGAGGGAAGAAAUAGUGGUGACCCCACAAAGAAGAAGCAGCACAUCUGCCACAUGGAGGGCUGUGGGAAGGUUUACGGCAAGACGUCUCACCUGAGGGCUCACCUACGCUGGCACACCGGCGAGAGGCCGUUCGUCUGUAACUGGAUCUUCUGUGGCAAGAGAUUCACCAGGAGCGACGAGCUGCAGAGACACCGGAGAACACACACUGGAGAAAAGCGUUUUGAGUGUCCCGAAUGCUCCAAGCGCUUCAUGCGCAGCGACCACCUCUCCAAGCACAUCAAGACCCACCAGAACAAGAAAGCCGGCGCUGCGGUGGCAAUCAUCACCACUGAUGACAUGGAGGAAGAUGCCCCUGAAGGCAUGGACGCCUCCCCACAGAUUGUCGCUGUGGCAACCCUCUCACGUGACUCUGACCCCGCUACACCCACCACAUCUAAUCACAUGGAGGAAGAGGAUGAGGAGGAAGGGGGGGAGUUUCAAUAGGCAGCCGACUCCUGUUUCUUUGCUGAAGGCUGACUUCCUGUUUUUUUGGGAGUCUUUGCAGGGACUGUAGGGGGUGGCUAGUUUUUCUUUUUACUUUUAAUUUGACAUCAUUUUAAAAAUGUUGUUCUCUCAUGAAAAAGGGACUCAAGAGACGGGAUCAUGCGAUGAACAGAAAAAGAAAAAUAUAAACAUCACAAUCUAAAAAUAACUAACACAUAUAAUAACAAAAAUUUAGCCUAAACAUAUGAAAGAUUAGUUUGGCAUUUAUCAAAUGAAUCUAUAUUAAUUCCAUUCGCAGUGGGGAAAGGAAUGUAAGUAGUGUCUAGAUUAGCACAAGAUUAGCCUGCUGAAUCUAAAACCAUCCAACAUGGAGGGACAUUUUCUGAAUUGCAACAGAAUCUAACUCUAUGCACAAAGUUAUGUUCCUGUUUCAUACGUCGGACUGUGCUGAGAGUCAAUCAUGGUACAGGACUGUUGCAGAGCAGCGAUAGAGCAGGUGCAGUCUGGGAUGGUCUGUGUGUGUGUGUGUGUGUGUGUGUGUUUGACCUGUAUGAACGAGUGUGUGUCUGAAUUCUCAUGCUGUCACCGAGAGGAUCUACCUAAUUUGAGUUUUAUUCAUGGUUCAGGUUUAGUCCUUAGAUCAGAUUCAGGUGUUGAUUCUUCCGAGACCAGUCAACGGAUAAACUGUUAUUGAAGAAAGAAGAGGGGAAUUCAAAAAAUAAAAUAAAUAAAAAAGAGUAGAGAAAAAAGCACAUAUAAAAAGAUUUCUAAAUAAUGCAUUCCUAUUGAGGCACAGUGGCCAUUAAACAAGAAGGUUUCUAUAUAGAAAAACAAUCUAGCUUUCUACAACUUUGUUUGUGUAGUGAAAGCAAUACUAUAAUGACAAUCCUAGUGAAACCAUGUUUACAUUGUCAGGGGAAGUUUUCUCUGUUGGUAAAACAAGCCAGAUUAGUGAGAAUAAGUGAAAGCAGUGCUGUCGUCAAAACAAAUCCAGUUGCUUUGCAGAUACCACAAGGUGGCUUUAACAUCACAGCUGCAGUCUAUCCAAUGCCAGUUUGUAAUUUUUAUAUAAUAGAUUUCCAUCAGAUGGUACCUGGUAGAUGGGCAGUUUUGUUGGACAGCGGCACAGUAACUGAUGUGGCUUUUUGCUCUCUGUGCUCUGGUGUCGACCCCUCUGCACCUCCAACCCUGCUACGUAACCGAUGUGCCACAAUUGCCUUAACACAAGCUGUCGUACAGCGGGAACCUCAGUUAGCUGGAUGGAGAACGAGGGGCGCUCUCCUGCAUUAAAAGGGGAUGAGACGGACCGCAUAGCACAGAGAGGUAAAGAGCGACAGGGCGAUGAGAGCUGUGGGUGGGAGAGGGUCGGGCUACUUAGCUAUGUGGAUAUUAUGAGACGUUUUCUGGUGGUGUUUCUCUGUGUGUUAGUUCAGUGCGUACAUUCUUUUGAAAUUAAAAGAUACUUUUAUUUUAUAGAAUUCAUCAGUUCCCCUCACAGUAUGUUGACACACAGGACCCCACUGUGUACGGCUAAUUUAUUAUUUAUCUUUGAGUUGUACUAUUUGCCUUUUGCUGGACUUGUAUUUGUGUGCGUUGUUUCUGAGGUUGUGUACAGCAUGUUUUAGUUUUUUGCCGUAGUGCUGCUUCUCUCGUUUAAUCUUUGUGCUCCGGUUUUCUUUUUCUACGUCUGACCAUUGCUGUUCAUUUUUUUCUCUUUGCGCCAUAACGUGUUUUUUCGGAGGAAAAUAAAUAACAAAAGAAGAAAGCAAAAAAGUUACUAUUCUUUAAAGUUGAAAAGGUUGAUACCAAACAAAUUUAGAUGUUUUUGGUAAUAUUUUGUGUGACAACCAACUUUUAUUUUCUUUGAUAUUUUGUAGUGACAUCUCAUUUGUAAAUCUUUUUCUAAAAGAUGUUUGUUCGUCUCCAUAACAUUUGAUAAUGGGUUUUUGCCAGAUUAGCCUCAAAGGCCCCAGUUUAUUGAUAUUUUUAAAACUGGUUUGUACAAACGUGUUAUGUCAAGAAAAAAGGAAAAAGGACAACUUCAAGCAGAAAAGAUGCUUUGCCUGCAUAACACUUGACAAUAAAGUGAUUAAAACAG